CAACAUGUCCAGUCCAGGAGGCCAGAAGCGCAGUGCUAAUCAUUUGACUACCUCUCCCGUCGAUGCGAAGAAGCCCAAGAAGGGUAGUAUUACUUCCUUUUUCGGUCCUCCCAAGGCUAAAACUGUUGAACCUAAAUCAACAUCAUCUCGCUCGUCCAGCUUUAAUAAACAAGGAUGGGUAACGUCGUUGACCUCGGAACAAAGGGAGCUCCUGCAGCUUGAGAUCGACACAUUGGAUGAAAGUUGGCUGGCUCAGCUGAAAGAGGAAUUGGUGGCACCCGAGUUUCUAGCGUUGAAACGUUUCCUCCAAAAGGAAAAGCAGUCGGGGGUCAAAAUAUUCCCCCCGGAGAACGAGAUAUACUCUUGGUCUCGACAUACACCCCUUCACAAGGUGAAGGUAGUGAUUGUCGGACAAGAUCCCUAUCACAAUCAUAACCAGGCUCAUGGCUUAGCAUUCUCAGUCCGACCUCCGACUCCAGCCCCUCCCUCUCUAGUCAACAUCUACACAGGUAUCAAAAAUGACUAUCCCUCCUUUCAACGACCACCUAACAAAGGAGGGCUUCUGACACCAUGGGCUGAGCGUGGAGUAUUGCUUCUUAAUACUUGUCUAACAGUUCGUGCACAUCAAGCUGCUAGUCAUUCAAACAAAGGAUGGGAACGUUUUACACAGAAAGUAAUUGACAUUGUAGCCAGAGUGCGAUCUCACGGAGUUGUCUUUCUUGCAUGGGGUACACCGGCGGGGAAGCGUGUGGCAGGUAUUAACCGACAGAAGCAUUCUGUACUUCAAUCAGUUCAUCCUAGCCCACUCAGUGCAUCCAGGGGCUUUUUCACCAAUGGACAUUUUAAAAAGUGCAACGAGUGGCUGGCUGAACGUUACGGUCCAGACGAGGUCAUUGAUUGGAGCCUGACUUCAGGAACAAAGACUACCAGCCCCCUCGGCACUAUUCAAAGUCCUUCAGCCUCUGUUGACAAACUAGCAUACUCUGGGGCAAAGCGAUCUAAAUCACAAGCCGCAGAGUUGGCUGACGUGGUCACACAGCCCUUGGAGCUCCAGGAUACAGAUGAGUUUGAUGAUGAUACCGAUGCUCUCGAAGCUCUAGCAGCCACAGAGACAGCAAGCUAAAUAUGCGGUCUAACUCGAACCAUGCCAGCUUUGGCGUUUUUGUUCUGCCUAUUGGGAAUAUGGUACAAUUUAAGUGAGGUCAUAAUCAACGCUCUUCGGCAUCGCUUGGGGUUGUUAUGAAUGAAUGUAUGUUGUUAGGUCUCGACAUCCUAGAUUCAAAAUUUGCACCUUCAAGGCUCUCCCUUUCUUUCUCUUUGGCGUGCUAUAUAG